AUGUGGAAACACCGUGCGGCGUGGAGGAGACUACCGGGGCAUGUGGAAACACCGUGCGGCGUGGAGGAGAUCACUGGGGCGUGUGGAAACACCGCGCGGCGUGGAGGAGAAUACCGGGGCGUGUGGAAACACUGCGCGGCGUGGAGGAGAUUACCGGGGCGUGUGGAAACACCGCGCGGCGUUGAGGAGAUUACCGGGGCGUGUGGAAACACCGCGCGGCGUGGAGGAGAUCACUGGGGCGUGUGGAAACACCGCGCGGCGUGGAGGAGAAUACCGGGGCGUGUGGAAACACUGCACGGCGUGGAGGAGAUCACUGGGGCGUGUGGAAACACCGCGCGGCGUGGAGGAGAUCACUGGGGCGUGUGGAAACACCGCGCGGCGUGGAGGAGAUUACCGGGGCGUGUGGAAACACCGCGCGGCGUGGAGGAGAUUACCGGGGCGUGUGGAAACACCGUGCGGCGUGGAGGAGAUCACUGGGGCGUGUGGAAACACCGCGCGGUGUGGAGGAGAUUACCGGGGCGUGUGGAAACACCGCGCGGCGUGGAGGAGAUUACCGGGGCGUGUGGAAACACCGCGCGGCGUGGAGGAGAUUACCGGGGCGUGUGGAAACACCGUGCGGCGUGGAGGAGAUCACUGGGGCGUGUGGAAACACCGCGCGGUGUGGAGGAGAAUACCAGGGCGUGUGGAAACACCGUGCGGCGUGGAGGAGAAUACCGGGGCGUGUGGAAACACCGCGCGGCGUGGAGGAGAUCACUGGGGCGUGUGGAAACACCGUGCGGCGUGGAGGAGAUCACUGGGGCGUGUGGAAACACCGCGCGGCGUGGAGGAGAAUACCGGGGCGUGUGGAAACACUGCGCGGCCUGGAGGAGAGGAAGUAGAGUUUGGUGA